AUGGCGGAGACGGUAGUGUCGUGUUGUAUCAACGAGCAUGAGAAACGCCAGAGAAACAGAAGUAGGGAAAUCGAUCGAAAACUUAAUAAAGAUAGAUUAACUUUCAGACGAACUGUGCGAGUACUCUUGUUAGGUGCCGGUGAAAGCGGGAAGAGUACAUUUCUGAAGCAAAUGCGAAUUAUUCAUGGGCAGGAUUUCGACGAGGAACAAGUGCGAGAAUACAGAACUAUUAUUUACAGUAAUAUUUUGAAAGGAAUGAGGGUACUUAUUGAUGCUAGACAAAAGCUCAGUAUACCGUGGGGUGAUGAAUCGAUUACAAAGGACGCCUCAAAAGUUUUUGAUUUUAACGGUGGUUCGAAAUUGGAUCAUACAGCGUUCUGUGAUUUUGUGGAUCCGCUGAAAAGAUUGUGGAAGGAUAAGGGAAUUAUCACGGCAUUUGACAGAAGACGGGAGUUUCAGUUGGGUGACUCACUCAAGUACUUUUUGGAUAACAUAGACAGAAUUGGCACGGCA